AUGGAUUUUCCUACAAUUAUUAAUCGCAUAUACUUAUUUGUCAGUUCUUUGAAUUUUACCGUUGCAUUUGGUUUUCUUGCAUUAGCUGCUCUUUACCGACAUCGGUGCUUCAAUUUCCCAACAUUUCUAGCGUGCAAUACUGCGCUAGCUGUGUUGUUGAAUUCUGCUAAUCAUCUAGCAAUAGGUGUGUUUAUGCUUAUUUGGGAUCAAUAUGAGUACUCUACCGUUGAUUCAUUAUGUCCAUUACGUGCAUAUUUUCAUCAUUCUACGAUUGCCUGGAUUCAUCAUUCAUUUAUUCUAUUGGCUGUCGACAGAUAUUGUAAGAUUCGACAAGUGACGUUGCUGAAAAGUCACAUUUCGAAGAUCUGCAUUGUUAUUUGCCAGUGGAUAUUUGAUUUUACUUUCGAUUUACCUGCUUUAGUUACAGGUAACAUGCCAAAACUUGCGACGGAUAACAUCUGCUUUGUAGCGUUGACAAGACUUGAUUUCGUAUUGUACAUGGCUGCAGUAUCGUUCUUAUUAACUGACAUUAGUCUAAGUAUAAUCUAUCGAUUACUAGUAAGACAUAUACGUGAUGCCUCGUCAAAAUUCAAUAGCAACCAACAGGUGCGAAUGCAACGCGACUUGACAGUAGUGCGUCGUAUUGUUUUACUCAAUUCUCAAUUGUUCGUCGUCGGAAUCCCAGUACUGGUUCUUAUCAUUCUAACUAUCAUUCGUGUGGAUCUCUUACCUCAUAAAUUUAUGCGCACUUUACUCGUCAUGUCGAAUUUACCUUAUUCACCCAUGUUGGUUAUCUUGUUAUUACAGACCCCGGAUCUUCGACAAAGUCUCAUCGAGUGUAGGAAUAAAUUAAAGCUUUGUAGAUCAACAAGACUAAUGCCAGUACAAUCGAUAUCACUUUCGGCUACUGCUUAA